UAGCUAGGGAAUGUAUAAAAGGCUUCAGGGAAGCAAGCUAGGACUCCAGAGGGGAGAGCACUUUGCACCAUAGGCAGAUAGCAAAGAGAGAGUGCGAGAGGAAGAAGGCAGGAAUACAGAGACGCGGAGUAGGAGGGGGGGGGGGGGGCGGGGGAGGCAGAGAGGGAAAGAGAGGGAGGGAGGCAGGGAGGAAGGAACAGAAAGUUUAUGUACAUAAACCUUUUUUUAAGAGUAUUGUUGCACCUGGGAGCUAGCUUUACUGACACAGAAAUGAGAGGUCUGUUCAGUGCUUAAAUAGCUGGGAAACAAUGGGAUAGUGCAGGAAAGUUAACAAUUAACAGUCUCAGCUUAAAUUUUGUAACUGCAGGGAACUGGAAACACAGCUGCCUCUCUCUUCAGCAAAAUCAGGUCUCCUGGUUAAGAGAAUUUUUGUUAACAUCUAAAUAUCUGAAAAAUAAGCAGCUUGCAGUUGAAUGAGUAUCGUGCAGUUAUGAUUUUAACCAGCCUGCUCAUACUUAACUAUCUCUGCUUAUUUUAAAGACAGCAGCUGUGAAAGGGGUAAUGAGGCUUUUGAAAUGCCUUUUACUUUACUCUUUUAAAUGAGGGUACAGAGCAAUAAAGAGAGCUGAAGGUAUCCGGCUGAGGAGAAGCAGCAAGGAAGAUGGGUCUGCUAAGUGUGGAUUUGUUGAUCACGCUUCAGAUCUUGCCGGUCUUUUUCUCCAAUUGCCUCUUUCUUGCGCUCUAUGACUCUGUGAUUCUCCUGAAGCACAUGGUUCUGUUUCUGAGCCGCUCUAAGUCUGGGCGCGGUGAGUGGCGGAGGAUGCUGACCUCGGAGGGGCUGCGCUGCGUCUGGAACAGCUUCCUCCUGGACGCCUACAAGCAGGUCAAACUGGGAGGAGAAGCCCCAAACUCCAGUGUAAUCCACAUAGCCAAGGACAGUGAUGGCAGCAGUAGCAGCUGGAAGAAUGUUGGUGGCAAGUGUGGAACCAAAUGCCACCUUCUGGAUUUUGCCAACUCCGAGAGGCCACUGGUGGUCAACUUUGGCUCAGCUACUUGACCACCGUUCACAAGCCAGCUGUCAGCCUUCAGCAAGCUGGUGGAGGAGUUCUCUGGUGUGGCUGACUUUCUGUUGGUCUACAUUGAUGAAGCUCACCCAUCAGAUGGCUGGGCUGCUCCUGGAAUCUCUCCCUCUUCAUUUGAAGUUAAGAAACACAGAAGCCAGGAAGAGAGAUGCGCAGCUGCUCACCAGCUCCUAGAGCACUUUUCCUUGCCACCUCAGUGCCAGGUGGUGGCUGACUGCAUGGACAACAAUGCCAAUGUGGCCUACGGGGUUUCAUUUGAGCGAGUAUGCAUUGUGCAGAGACAAAAAAUCGCCUACCUGGGAGGCAAAGGCCCCUUUUUCUACAACCUUCAAGAGGUUCGGCUUUGGCUGGAACAAAACUUCAGCAAAAGAUGAAAUCCAUUCUCCACAGAAGUUAUGUCAACAGAUGUGUCCCUUUAAGGUGAUGCAAAAGGGAAAAAAAAGAAAACAUAUGCUAGUGUGAAUAAAAUCUUUCCAAUGAUUGCAGGAGAACACAUUUGAUAACAAUGUCAAGUGAAUGUUAACUAGGAAAAGAAAAUUAAACAAAAAUCUAGCUCCACAGAAACAUUGUCAAGUGAAAAAAUCCCACUCCUGCUCUUGCUAUGGGAUAGAAGAGGUGAACAGGCUUCUCCAAAAAGGUGCUGCUGGCAAGCAGGUAGGGUGGUGAGAUAAGACCUGUCUCUCAGAAGCUCCAGUCCUGGGAUGAGGCAGAGCAAGGGUUUCUGCUUGGAAGGCAUUCCAUGGAAAGGCAAUGCUGUACUUUACAUCAGAAAUGCUUCUUUACACCCCUGUGGCCAAUACAAGGAACCUGGGAAGAGCAGGGGGUUUGCAAUUACUUUGUAUACAGAUGCAGUGCAGUGUGGCAAUUUUCCUCUCGGUAGAAAAUGUAUUGUUCAGAGACUGCAGGAACCACAUGCAAUGCAGCGCACAGGCAGACUGGCUGUUCAGAGCAAGAUGAACCUUUGUCUGCUGGUAUUUGUACUCUCUGUGGACACCUUUGCACAGCAUAUUAACUAUGUAAUGCUACCUACAUGUUUGUAUCCAGUGUGCAGGCCUGUGCCUGCUGAGAAAGAUGCUAAAAUCUAUGGAGUUGGACCAAAAAGACAAAGGUGAUCAAAUAAGCCCAUUACCAUUUGAAAACUGAAAUACCUGCACUAUUUAUAACACAACACUGAGAACCAUCUAGAGCAUGUAUCCUGAGACAAAACUCAGCUGAAGCCAACCAAACCCUUGGUUCUCAGAGCUAACAACACACAUUUAUCAAUAUUCUCUGGUUCUCACCUCUGUUUCUUUACCCACCUCCAUCUCUUUCUGUCUAGCAAUAGGCCUAAAGGUAAUUUCACUUUUAGCUUUUUAAAAAAAUAACUUAUUUCUCUCUGGUUUUUUUUCUUUUUAAUGUGAGAUAAUGACCUUGCAGGUGUAUUUUGGGGAUGGGGAAACUUAUGCACAACUUUACCUCAUUGAAAUGGAAACCUAUCCUGUCAUUUACCCUGUUAAAUGUAGUCGUGCUGACUUUUGCUAUCUUAGAUACCCAAAACUAGUUUAUAGCUACCUUAAUCUGAAAGUUGUUUGCAGACUUAGAAAUGAUUAGCUGCAGUUCUGCUACCAGAUGAGCUGAUAAGUCUGUUUCACUCAUGUUCUUGAAAACCUUCCCAGAAGAGAAACAGGGAGGACAAAUUAAUGUGAAUAAGUGUAAAAGAUGGCAGAACUUUCAUAUGAAUGAGUAUGAGGAAUUGAUUGUUAUAUUUAAAGAGAUACUGUGAACUUAGAGUAUAUAUUAAGUUUAGGUAUUUCUAAAACUAAAAUUAUUUUAUCAAGCCUAAUGAAAAGUCAUAUUUAUAAUGAGCUAACCUAUUAGAGCUGAUAAAUGAAAACCCAUACGGAGAUGGGACUAUCCAAGUUUUCUCUCAUCUUUGGCAGAAACAUGAAACAGAUAAAUAGAAAAAGUGGCAAAAAUCACAUUAGGUCUUUUAAUUUCUCUUCCUGCCCAUUGUCAGUAAUAUGAUGUGUUGAUACUAACAUAGGAAAAAAUAGAAAAUACAUAGGUGCUUUAAUUUUCACAAUGCCCAUUAAUAUUGUGAACUUCCUCUAGCUUGGCUGUUGGUCAACUUAGCCAGUGUAGGAGGAAUUCAGAAAUGUGUUUUCAAGCACAGAUCUGAAAUAGUGGCAGUAACAUGGGUAAUUUCUCCCAUACUCAGGUUCAUGCUUCCCAUUCUUCUCACAUUUUCCUCCAUACACUGUUUAAUACACACAUGCACUUACAGAGUUGGUAAUGUGCACCGAAGGAAGGGUGUAAAGAGUGUUCCUCAGAUCUCCUGGUGAGCCCCACUUCUCAGAAGGCCUGUGUCUGUGUGUGUGUGUGCAUUUAUAUGUGCAUCCAUAUGUAUAGAAUACAAUUUUAUGUAUGUGUAUACAUAUGCGUGCAUAUAUAAGUGGUGUUUAAGACCACUAAUAAUAAUUAUUCUCUCCUACCUGUUACUGUAAAUCAUAGCUCAGUGUGGAAGAUUGUUACAGAUCUUCAUGACUAACUGGGAUGUAUAACUGAAUUUUUAAAACCUAUUAUCAUAGAAACAGUAACAUAGCCAAACGACAUGGUUUAUUUAAUCCAGUAUCCUACCUCUGACUGUAUCAGAUGCUUCAGGGGAAGGUGCAAUAGUUUUUAACUUACAGAAUUUUUAUUAGCUUCAGCCCUUAUUAUUUUUCCCUUGUCUAAAGUUAUUGUUGAUGUCUCAUCAUCCCUAUGAGAGGCUGAUUUUGAGGUCUGAGAUUUAAAUAUUUUGUGAGGCUUACUAAAAUAAAAAAAACCAUCCCAUUUAAGAUCAAAGAAAACAAAAUGAAAACAGAUUUUUUUCUUUCAUAUUUAAAUUGGCUGCUCUUCAAUGUCAUUCUCUUCUCUUGCUGUUAUAUGCUAAACCACUAAACACAUCCUAAUUUUUCUUCUGUAUGUUGGUCAUUAUAUAAUCUAUAUAGAAAUUUGCAUACCUUUUGUUUGUUUCUUUAGACAAACAAUAACUCAUAUACUUAUACAAGUCCAUAUUCUUUCCUUGCCUCUGAAUCUCUUCUAUUUUUGCUACACUGUCCUUUUACUCAGGUGAGUAAAGAUGUAGACAUUAAUCCAAUUGAAAAUCUGCAUUGAUAUACCCAGCACAGCAUCUUUUCCUUAUUAUAUCCUAUUCUUCAGUAAUCUGAAACUUUUUUAAACCAUAGCAACUCCAUAGCCUUUGUAAAACUUAAACUAGUAAGUCUUUUCAUCUUUUCCUCAUUAUACACUUGAAGUCUGAACUGUUUAUAUGGGAAAUGCUAGCCAAAUGUUUAGCACAGCUGUUGAAACAUACCUUUAGCUCAGAGGAAAGAGUCUGAAUUAGUAAUUCAGUUUGUUAAUAUCAUUUGCAUAUUUAAAGUUACAAUUAUUUUUCAAGUCCAUUCUCUCCUUUUUAAUUUCCAUUAUUUUGUCUUAUAAUUCAUAGAUGCCUGUUUAUCACAUAGUAUACAGGAAUUAUAAAAUUGUCUCCUGUAAAUGGGAAAAACACAUUUAUUUUCCACAAAUAAAAAUACACAAUAAUUUCUUUUCUUUCUUGGCAACAUAUAUGACUGUCCUGCCUAAAAUUUAUAGUUAUUCCAGCCUCACUGAUUAUCAAGACAGAAAUGCAUUUUGCAAAACCUUGGGUUUCCCCAGAAAACUUCUAGUCAGAAAGCAGGGCUUCCUUCAAAGACAAAUGGACAUAAAGGAAAAAAAAAAAGGAAAUGGAUUUUCUAGGAGGCUGAUAGAAACAUAAGUUUUUUUGGUUUGGUUUGGUUUGGUUUUUUUUUUAGAAAAUUAAAAAAAAUUAUUGAAAAUGUUUUAAUUAAAUGUCAUACAUUAUCCUCAAUUGAUGGUAAAAGUGGCCAUGUAUCCAAUAUCCCAAAAUUUUUGCAACAGUUGUUUUGGGACCAGGUAGAAAUUUUACUACCUUGCUAGCCUUGUACUUCACAGCUGGUCUAGUGUGCUCUGAGGCUGCUUCUGUCUCAUUCUCACUGUCAGGGCACUAUACUAUAUUACUUGAGGUGCUCCAGUGUGACAUACAUGUUGAGCAAAGGCUCACAAAAUAGGUGCCUGAAGGUAUUCUGGAAGGCUACUGUAUAUAAUAGAGACCCCAAUACUGUGUCUCAACAUUAGUGUGGGAAACUUCCAGUAUUUUUCAUUUUGAGCAACGUAAAAAGCUAUUCUGGGCUAUCAUCCUACAUUGUUCUGUGCUUAGCAUCUGUAUUUAGCACUGUAUAAAAGGAAUGUAAAACAUUUUUUGCAGAUGAAAAACUAUAGAAUUUUGCUCUUUCCUUGUGUAGACAAUGACAUAAAUUUAAGGCAGCAGGAAAACAUGCCCCAUAUAUUAAAAAGAAGAAAAUACAUUAUGAAAUAUGUUGUUGAACAACUGUCUGAACACUUUGAAAAACAAAAUGCAGUGAUUUUUAGGAAGGUGAUCUUGGUGGGGAAACCUACAAAGCUUCUCAAAAAGGUAUUUGUGCUAUGCAUCCAGGUGUGUGCAGAGGGAAGUUAUGUUUCUGCAUGUGUGAAAGUGGCUUUUCUGUGAUGUGGAGUAUAGAUUUAAGAGUUUUUAAGACUUUCAUUCAGUACUAUAACCAAAGGAGUAAGAGGUGUCAGGUAGGGAAUAUUGGCCAGUUUUGUACGACUCGACACCAUGUCUGUGGGAAAUCCAUAUUCAGUUGGCCCCAAUUUGGAGUCCUCAGUGAAGAGAGAUUGGGGUGAGACAGAGGGGGCUUGUGUGCUUAUGAAGAUCGCUAACAAAAGAGUGAUCAGCUCAGUUAGUGUUCAGAUGCCCUCACACUGGCAUUCCUCUGUGCACCUUAGUGUGUCUACACUGGAAAGAGGCGUCUCUUUGGGUCUGUUAAUAAGAUCGCCGUGGUGUAGGUGCCUGUGUGUACUGACUAUGUGUGUGUCAUAGUUUAAGUGUCAAAAAUACACUGCAGGAGAGCCAGCAGAAUUUUGUUGCAAUAUGGUGCUCCAUGAAAUGUGCUUUCUAGAUUUGUUUUUCUUGUAUUAUAAUAAACGAUAAAGGAAAAUAUA